AAAAUGUGGUUUAAGAAGGGAUUAAAUCAGCUUGUUAGGAAUCAACGAUUUUAUAUGUGUACCUUGCCUCAAAAACGAUCUACAGAAAAUAAUGUUAACUCAGUGCAGCAAAUGCCACAACCUGAAUAUAACAUCAAUUUUUUAUGUAAUCCUUCUAAUAGAAAUGUGAUUCGUAAUAAUAUAAUCGCAAGGAAAGGUAUUGGAAAUAUCGACAAAGUACUUGAGCUUUCACAGAAACCAGAGUUAAAAGAAUCUUUUUUACACGAGUUAAAUAAAAUACCAAAUCAGACAGAUCCAACUGUAUUAUCAUAUGGUAAUGAACCACGGGUGCUACAAAAAUGUGGAUAUAAACCAGAAUUUGAUUUUGAGCCCAAAGAAUUUUCAGAGCUGGUUACAAAAUUAAAAUUAUUAAAAACUCAAUCUUUAGGUCCUUUAAUAGGACAAAGAGGAUACAUAUUUGUAGGAGAUUUGGCAGAAUUGGAAGAAGCAUUGGUUCAUUACACAAUUAAACAACUAAUGAAUUAUGGCUUUAAACUUAUUUCAGUACCUGAUAUUAUUCCUACUAAGGUUAUAGAAAGAUGUGGAUUGAUAUCAGAUAAUGGACGGACUCUUGUAUAUACUUUAAAUCCAUCUUAUGGAGACGAUUACAGUUUGUCUGGAACAGCAGAAAUGUCAUUAGCUUAUAAAGUUAUGAAUAGUACAUUUUGCAGUGCAGAGUUGCCUUUAAAAUUAGCUGCUGUAAGCAGAUGUUUCAGAGCGGAAACAUCUCGUAUGGCAGAAGAAAGGGGGAUAUACAGGGUGCAUCAGUUUACAAAAGUUGAGAUGUUUGUAUGCUCUGUGCAAGAAAAAUCCGUGGAACAAUUUCAGGAACUUCAAGAGAUUCAACAAAAUUUGUUUUCUUCAGUAAAUUUACAUUUUCAAAUAGUUGACAUGCCACCUCAUGAUUUAGGAGCACCUGCAUACAGAAAAGUUGAUAUGGAAGGUUGGAUGCCUGGAAGAAAACUAUAUGGAGAAUUAUCUAGUUGUAGUAAUUGUACAGAUUAUCAGUCACGACGACUUAACAUAAAAUAUAAAAUGCAAAAUGGAGACAUUUUAUAUGCGCAUACCCUAAAUGGAACUGCUUGUGCGAUACCUCGUAUGUUAAUAGCAAUUUGCGAAACACAUCAAACAAAACAUGCUCGUAUCAGGGUUCCUGAAGUUUUGGUACCCUAUAUGAAGGAAAAAGUACUGAUUAGGAAACAACCAGUUGCUGACAUGAGAAUGUAUAAAUAUAAGCAAAAACUUUAA